AUGGUCGGCAGGCCAUUAGAUGUGGGUCUUGGCCCUCCUCCCCUUCCCAUUCUGGGAGGGAAGGAAGGUGGGAAGAUUUUCAUUUUGGAGAAGAGUGGUGCUGCUCUUGAAGGCUCAGAAAAGGAGUUGUGGCCUACUCUUGGUGGUUUGGUGAGAGAGGCUGUUUCGGUGAAUCAUGGUGAAAACAAUGGGGGUGUUAGCGAUCCAAACAAGGUUGUUGCUAAAGAAGGGGCUGGAGAGGAUGAGAUUUCUCAUCUUAGGGAUGGUGGUAGUGAUUCGAGGAAGGGGAAGGCUAUUGUUCCUUGGUCUGCUCUUUUUUCUUCUUCUUCUUCAAUUUAUGGUGAUGGUCUCAAGCUAUCUUAUGUGAAACCAGUGUUGAUUGAUGGGGUGUUGGCUGCGAAGUGUCCAGAUGUAAUGGUGAAUAAGGGACUUGAACGGUGGAAGAAUACCCUUAUGGGGCAUUUCAUUGGUGGUAGGCCAAGCUUUACUUUUGCAAGAGAUGUUUUAUUGAAACAGUGGAAAAUUGCAGCUCUCAGUUCUAUUGGGAGUGUCAUUGGCAAGCCAAUUGUAACGAACAAGAUGACAAGUUCUAUGGAGAGAUUAUCUUAUGCCCGCCUAUGUGUGGAGGUGUUUGCUGAUAGGGAGCUUCCUUUGACUGUUUCGGUUUAUGGAGAAGAUGGCCUAGCUUUUAAUCAAAAGGUGGUUUACGAUUGGAAGCCAUCUCUUUGUUUGCAGUGCAAGAUGUUUGGGCAUUCUUCUGGAGAUAAGGCAGCCAAUUCCUUGAAUCAGAAUAAUAAAUUUGGUAGGACAAUAUUCAGGAAAUCUGAUUCAAAUAAGGAAGCUAGUUAUUCGAAUGCUUUUGCAGUGUUGGAAAAUCUGACGGAGGAGAUUCAUUAUGACCCGGAUGAUUUGAUGCUAGAUCCAGAUUCUUGCGCUAUCCUUCUAGGAAAUGAGCUGUUGGAGGAUGAAGAUAAAGAGAUUGAGGAAUCCACUCCUCAACCAUUAGCUAUCUUUCCAAAUCUGGCGGAAGGAGGGGAUAAAGCUAUUUCCAUUUCUAGUCGUGGGAUAAUUGAAGCAAGCAGGUCUAAAGGAAACGUUACUAAAGAAGGGGAGAUUUCAAAUUCUAAUGGGCUGGAUGUGAAUUCAAAUUUGAAUGGUCCCAUUAAGGAUCCUAUUGUGCCAAGUUUGGAAGGUGAAUCACGUGAAAGAAUGGCUGGUUCCUCUUUAAUGGGGGGUUUAAAUUUGGGAAAUCAUUUGGAUAUUAUCUCUGAAUCAGGUGCGAUUAUGGGGGAGGCUAAUUUAGAAGGAGGAAGUGGAGGGGAGCAGUCAUCUUUGAAAGGAAAGAGUUCUAGCCAGGCCAGCAAGGUUUCAGCUAAUUUUGAGAAGCUAAAGAAGCAGGCAGCAGAGAACCGGGCCAGUCAAGGGAACGAGAAAGUUGUUUAUGCUUCUAAUUUGGUGGAGGAAAGGAGGGAGCUUUGGAGGGAUAUUAAUACUUUUGUUCCCAAUAUUUCUAGUCCUUGGGUUGCUAUGGGUGACUUUAAUAUUGUCCGACAGCAAAGUGAAAAAUUGGGAGGGGACCUUAUCCGUCAGGAGGCUGUUGAUGAGUUUAACUCCUUUAUUUUUGACAUAGGUCUUAUUGAUUUAAAAUGGAAGGGUGAGCAAUCUUCGGAAGUUACCUUUCUUCCCCUUGGUCUUUCGGAUCACUCCCCUACUGUGGUGUCUACUUUUGAUAAGGUUAACUUUGGCCCUAAACCCUUUCGGUUCUUUGAAGCUUGGAUUGGUAGAGAGGGGUUUGAUGAUGUAAUUGCUAAAGGAUGGGACUGCCCAGUUAAUUUGAAACUCAAUCCCAUUCUUAGGUUUGCUGCCCGUCUUAGAAAUGUGAAGGCAGAUCUUAAGAAUUGGAAUAAGAGCAGUGUUGAGGACGUUUUUCUGCUCAGCCUUGCUGCCCAACCGAAUGACCCUAGUUUGGUACCUCUAGAAACUGAAGCCAAGAAGAAGUUAUGGGAGGCCCUUGUCAUUGAAGAGAAGUUUCUUAAAGAGAAGUCAAGGGUAAAAAAUAUUCAGCUAGGAGAUGGUAAUAAUGGGUUUUUUCAUAAAUCCAUGGUUUGUAGGCAGAAUAGAAACCACAUUUUGGAGGUGCAUAAUGCUGAAAUUGAGAUCAUCAAGGAGCCAAAUCUGAUUAAAAAGGAGGCAGUAGCUUUCUAUAUGAACUUGUUUGGUGCGGAGGCAGAGGAUGUUGGUUAUUUCCCUGGUUCAGUCCCUUUGAGACAUGGCCUUGAUCAAGAGCAAUAG